AUGUUCAUUACCUAUUUGCAGCGUCUUAAAAAGUUUCGGGAUAUAAUAGAAGCCAUAGAACCACGAUUGGCUAUAGAGUGGCACAAGGUGGUCCUGCUAAUGGAGCCUCGGCCUGGUGUUCAAGUGUUGCUCCUGCAUGCGGGAUCGCCUACCGCUUUUCGAGGAGUCGUCAAAAUAGAACAAAGGAAGGAAGUGCGUCCGAAUCCCGAACCCCUAAUAAAGUUCGCAGACAUUCGGCUAAAAAUUAAAGGGCGAUACAUGGGUAUGAUGUGCUGUGAAGAUUUCACUGCGUUUGCCUUGGCCCGUCUCGACGAAAUUCCAGCGACUGAAGAGGAAUGUGUCGCCGCUGCAGCUUCUUUGGGUUUAGAAGGACCUGGUGGGAGAUCACACUUCUAUCUAGAUAAGUUACGUUCUGAACUAUAA